CCGAACACAGUCUCGGAGCGAAGAGAGAGAAAGAGAAAAAGGAGAAGAACAAAAAAUGCAGAGCGCAGCCGUCGCCCUCUCUCCUUCAGCCCCUCUCCUCAAGCUCCGACCUCCAUCCCGAUCAUCUCUAAACCCUAACCCUAACCCUAGAUUUCAUCCCAUCGCCGCUCUCUCUUCAUCUUCCUUCAGUCCCAAACCGAUCUCCAUCAAUGGCGCCUUCUCCCCUCUCUCCUCCUCCUCUCGCUUCCAGUCGCCUCUCUCGAUCUCCCCUCUCCCUACGCCGUCAGAUCGUGAGUUCGCCGUCAGAUCUUCGGCCGGCGAGAACUCCGGUGAGAAGAGCGACGGCAGCGCGCUGAUUCAGACGCUGCAGCUUGGGGCGAUGUUUGGCUUGUGGUAUCUCUUCAAUAUCUACUUCAACAUCUACAACAAGCAGGUCCUGAAAGUUUUUCCCUACCCCAUGACCAUGACAACAGUUCAAUUUGCUGUUGGAACAGUCCUUAUCCUUUUUAUGUGGAUGACAAACCUUUACAAGAGACCUAAGAUUUCUUCUUCACAGCUUAUGGCAAUUCUACCAUUGGCCGCAGUCCAUACCAUGGGUAAUCUUUUCACCAAUAUGAGUCUGGGCAAAGUUGCUGUUUCAUUCACCCACACAAUCAAAGCUAUGGAGCCCUUCUUUUCAGUUCUUCUAUCUGCCCUGUUCCUUGGAGAGAUGCCUACUCCCUGGGUGGUGCUCUCUCUCCUGCCUAUUGUUGGUGGUGUAGCUUUGGCAUCCAUGUCUGAAGCUUCUUUUAACUGGGCUGGAUUUUGGAGUGCAAUGGCUUCGAAUGUGACCUUCCAGUCACGUAAUGUGCUUAGCAAAAAGGUCAUGGUUAAGAAAGAGGAAUCGCUGGACAACAUAAAUCUCUUCUCCAUUAUAACUAUCAUGUCGUUCUUCCUGUUAACCCCUGUGACCUUAUUCGUGGAAGGCACCAAGUUCACUCCUGCAUAUGUGCAAUCUGUGGGCCUGAAUCUUCAACAGAUAUAUACAAGGUCACUUCUUGCUGGGUUAUGUUUUCAUGCUUAUCAACAGGUUUCAUAUAUGAUUCUAUCUAGAGUUUCACCAGUUACCCACUCUGUUGGCAACUGUGUGAAGAGGGUGGUGGUCAUCGUGACUUCAGUCCUCUUCUUCAGGACCCCUGUUUCUCCCAUCAACACUCUUGGGACUGGAGUGGCUCUUGCUGGAGUUUUCCUGUAUUCACAGCUGAAGAGAAUCAAGCCAAAGACUGCAUAAUUAUGUGUUUGAGUGUAGUUUGUGAGCAUGUAGCUGCGGCUCCUCGUUUUACUUUUCCUUUUUCCCUGUUACUUUGAGAAGUGAGUUGAUCGAGUCUGGAUGUUUAGGCUUUGUUUAGGGAUUCCAAUUGUUUUUUGUUUUUCCUUUUGCCGCUUCUAUCAAUUUUCAAGUUGUGUAUCUCAGAGUGACCGAUGAAAAGCCCUUGUCAUUUUUUUUCAC